AUGAACAAGAAAAAUAAUAUUAUCUCAAGUAUCAAUAAAUACCCUCGAUGCAAUAAUAACGUAGAUAAAAGCUUUAUCACUGAAGAUAUUUCAACUUUAAAAAUGUACAAUAAAAGAAAAAAAGAUAUUGUAUUCAAUUUUUUUAUAAAAUUACUCAUAUUUACUCUUUUCAUUUUGAUGUUACAAUACUUUUGUAAUUGGGAUUUUUGCAAAUCUUUGAGCAAAAGGAACUUAGAAAACAUGAGAAAUUUAGGAUCCGAAAGAUCCCUAGCAGAAAGUGAAGAUACAGUAAGAACAAAUGAACAAUCAGAUAAGAAUGUAACAAAUAAAUUACAAUAUAAUAAUCAAGGGAGUGAAAUAGAAGUAUCUUCACAAUCAGGAGCGAGACAAAGGGACAAUGGAGAGCAAAAUCAUAGUGCGAUAUAUAAUUUAGGAGAGGGUGAUAAUGUAGAACAAGGAAUCAGAAGAGAAAAAAUAGAUGAAAAUGAAGGGGGAAAUAUAAAGGAAAGAAUUUUAAAUAUUGUUAAAAGUAAUUUUAAACUAAUUAUUUUAUGUAUCAUUCUUUUGCUAUCAUUUAUUUCAAGCAUAUUAUGUAUGGCAUCAUAUAAUAAUGAAAACACAAAUUUAAAUAACACAUCUGUUUUACUAGUUGCUAUAAGUAUUAUUUUUACCAUAUUUCUUUUAACGAACGAUAGAAUCUCAAAUAAGAUUAAACAGGGUUAUAAAUAA